AUACUUCUCUCUCUUUCUCUUUCUAAAUAUCACAUAGUCACUCAUACAGAAACAGACACAUUGCUACUCCAGCUUUUCUCUUGCCUCCUACCUUCACAGCCUGUCAAGCCUGAAUUAUUAAACUCAUGAUUACAGUUUUAAAUUUGAGCUGGUUAUUGCUUUGUUGUUUCUUUGUAAAGGGUUGAAUGGUUCUCAUCAUGUGCCAAGAGAUCAUUUGCUGCUGUCAAUGAGCUUUCUCCAUCCUGAUUCUCCAGGUGGUGUGGUGCACUCUUUGGAUUGAUCCGUCAUUUUUUCCUUGUCAAGGAGACUCAUGAGAUGAGACAAUUAAUUUUCCCUUUGUAAUGUUGGAAUUGGUAUUAUUAUUUGUAAGGCCUCAUUUAUAUAUGGGUAUAAAUGCUGGCAUGAGGGAACAAGAUGUUCAAUGACCUUCAUCACAGAAAGCUGCUAUUUUGCCACUUCUUAUUACAGGCAUGGGAACCAAAAUUGAAUAUUCCAUAAAUCUUCUAGCAACCUUAGUAGACAGCAACAACUUAGCAGUGGGUGGAGUGGAUGUCUGGGAGCAUUUUCAGAACAAGCAUCAAAGGACUGGAAUCAAUAAAUUGCAAGGUCCCAUGGAUAGGAUGCUUGACAGAAACAAUGUAGAAUCCAUCAAAAAGACAAUGCAGAUGCAAGAGGACAUCUUCAAACACCAGGUAAGAGAACUACACCGUGUAUACACUGUGCAAAAGAUGCUGAUGGAUGAUCUCAAAAACGAAAUUAGACAACAGAAAAUUUGGAACCACACGAAUGACAUAAAUGUAAGCCAUCCACAUUCCAUUAAACAGCAACAUCAAACAACACAGAUUUCACACCAGCCUGAUUUCCACGUUCAGAAUUUGAGAGGAGGAAGAGGUUUUGAUCUUGAAAGGUCUGCUGCUGAGGAAGACAUUUUUACCCAAGUGCGUGGCUUCGAUGAAGGUGAGGCAGGGCCUAGCUCCCACACUGCACUUCAGAGUUGUAAAACAAGUACUAGUGGAUAUGAUGAAGAAAUGGAAGUGGAUUUGACACUAAGUAUAGGAGGUAGCCAAGUUAAGAAGAACUCUCACUUACCACAAUUAGCAUGCUCAAACUCAACCAAUAAUGGAGAAACCAGAAAGCUGAAUUCACCUGCCUCCUUCAAAUCAGAUAGAACAGGAGAAUGCAGUGACCCCACAACCCCAAUGAGUAGCUCCACUGUGACAUUUACUCAGCAAAGAAAGGGGACACAUUGGCUUUCUCAAGGUCUAAAGCUUAAAUAGCACUAUAAUAGCUUGAUUGUAUCCUUUCAACUCUACAUGGACCACCGAAUUUGUAUGGUUCAUGCAUUCAGAUUCCUAGAUUACUUUCUACUUUAUCCCAAUAAUAAUAAAUGAAUAGCUUAUACACCCACUUUUGAGUGCCUUCUCUGUGUAUAUAUAUAGUAUCUAAUUUGCAGUGCUUCUAAAACUAUUUUUCGUUUCCAACA